UUCCGCCUGGCUCUUUAAACCAAAGGUUUCUUUACAUUUAGCUGCAACUUAAAAAUAUAUGUUGACAAAUUUUUUUUAGUGACUUUAUGUUUUUCCUUCAUAAUUAAAGGCAAAGAUGAUAAAAGAAGGCAGUUCAUUCAUGAAGGGCAUGAUGUUGGGUGGAAUAUUUUGUUUGGUCUUCACCCUUUUUAGUAACACGAAGCUAGGUGGAGAAUUGCAAAGACACGAACAACACAGCCUCAAAGCUCCCUCAAAGGAAGAACUGCUCAAGCUGCCCGAAGCGAAGCGUAUGGAACUCAGUCUCACUAUCCGUGUUCUUUGUUUGAUCAUGGUUACACCCAAAGAAAUUGGCUACUGGGCCUCUGUGGUACAAACAUGGAGCAAACAUUGUGAUAAAGCUGUCUUUUACAGCCCGGAAACCAUAAAAGUCUUUGAAUCAGUCAGCCUUGCAACGGAAGAUAAAUGGAUCCAGACCAGAAAAGCUUUCAAGCAUGCAUAUGAGAACUUCAAAGAUGAGUAUAACUGGUUUUUCCUGGCAGAAUCAACUACGUUUGCAAUUAUUGAAAAUCUUAAAUUCUUUUUGCUGAAUAAAGAUCCAGAACAGCCUUUCUAUAUUGGCCAUUCAGUUAAGUCUGGUGAUUUGGAAUACGUGGAAUUUUCUUCAGGAGUGGUCCUAAGUAUAGAAGCAUUAGAAAGACUCCAUCGGGUUCUUGAUGAUCCUGUGAAAUGCCCAGAAAAGGGGAGUUUGCUGUGGAAGAUGUCUGAAGAAAAGGAACUUGCAGUAUGUCUGAAGUACACAGGAAUUGUUGCUGAUAAUGCAGAAGAUAAUGAAGGAAAAGAACUGUUUAAUUCAAAAAAUAUAAAUACCCUUGUUGUGGAGGCAAUGUCUAAUCACCCAAGUGAAGUUGUGGAAGGAUGUUGCUCUGAUGUAGCCAUCACUUUUCAUGGACAGUCACCUAAUCAUAUGCAUGUUCUGAUGUAUGGUGUUUACAGACUACGACCUUACGGGCAUAUAUUUAACGAUGCACUGAUCUUCAUGCCACCUGUAGACUCUGACAAUGAUUAAAUGCCUCUUCUACGAUAGAGACGUUGCAGGAUAUGAAGUAUGAAAUCUGAAAAGGAAACACUCCUGUUGUUUAGAAUGCUCUUCUAGUUUUGUAAAAUCUCUUACUGUUUCUAACUAAAAAUGUGCCUUCAAUGUCAAGCCUAAAAUGAAGUAACUAACGACUUUGCCGAAAACAUUCAUGAUUAUACACCAUUUAAGGUUUGCUUAAAGAGCAAGUUUAACAGGAACCAGUUUCAGUUACUAAAUGGCAAAAUAGAUGAUGCUUGGAUUCAGUGAAACAUUUUAACAAGCAUCAAACAUUUUUAUAAAAUGCUUAUGAGAGCUUUGAAAAAGCACUCAGUUGUACAAUCGUUUAUUAUCUCAGACCUGAGUUUUUAUUGUGCAUAACAAGAGUUAGGGUUAGUGCUGAUGGUUACAGGCAUGCCACUGGUAGUUGAGGUGAUGAAUUCUGAGCAUCAUGAAAGAACCGUACUGACUGAAUAUUGAACUGCGGAAGUUCAAGAAAAAUUUCAGUCGUUCACAUAUGUGAAUCUGCCAUUGUGUUAUUUGUGUUAGUUUGGAUACUGGGUAUUGUAUAAUGUGACGCAAGUUUUUUUUAAGGUGGAUCUGGCCUGUACGUUGAAAUUACAAUCUAUUACUGUUCUUUCUAAAAAAAAAAGUGCAAUGCUGAGGACAAAUAGAGUUUAAUCGCUAGUGUUGAUUGGUGUUUGCAUAUUGAUAAGUGCAAUUUAAAGUUCUAACCUGCAAACUUGCUUCAUCAAUUUAAUCUGCCAAUUGAUCUGUGUAAAUUUACUGCUACUUUCAAAAGUAAUUUUCUUAAAUGUGAUAUCAGUAACUUGAUUAAUGCCUCAGGACUUCGAUUUUUAUGCAUAGAUUUUGCAGCUGGUGUGGUUCUGUCACUUGUCUGUGUCAAUUUUCAUCACACACUAUGCAUUGUACUUGCCCCUAAUUCUAGACAGUAACAAUUAUUAAGCAGAAUGAUGUUCUUGUAUGUAAAAGUGGGGAAAUAUCUAAUUUUCUGUAGGUUUUUUGACCUUGGUAACGUUCAUUACUUAAGAGAAAUAACUGUACAUUUACAAAUAUCUGACAAACUAAAACACUUGGUGUUUAUAUAGCAUCUAUAUUACUAGUAAAAUAUCCGAAGACACUUCAGGAAUGUAAUGUAGAAGAUUCACUUAGCAACAGGAAUGUACCUCUUUGAUCUCAGGAUGUGCCUGUUGGGACCAAUUCUCUUUGGGGAGCAACCGAGCAGUAGCUUUGAAAAGAUCUUUUGAUGUAAUCACUUCUGCUGGGUGCAAGGGUGGGGAGGGGGGUGGGUGCUUGGUGAUAUAGGGUAACAUUAUUUAUACAAUUUGGUGUUUGUCUGAGUAAGGGAAUUUUAUUUUUACCAAAGAUGGAAUUUCACUGCACUUGCUGUGAUGUUAGUGGAUAUAAAACUGGAAAAUUCCCAGGUUCAUUGCCCAGGUAUGAUAUCCAUCACAUUGGACACAGAAAUUUACUGAAAAUAAAAGUAUCACCAGCAAAGAGUUAUAUUGAUAAGAAUAUACUAUAACGUAGUUAUGAAAUAGCAUCUGUUCAAACUUUCCUAGUUUUUGUAUUGUAAUUUUCCUUUACUUGAUCUCUAAGUUCAAGUGAAUGACGGUUGAGAUCACUUGUGCCUCCUACAAUGUUCUAAGCUGCACAUUUUAUUCAAAUAUUAGCUAUUCAAACAUACCAUGCACACUUAUUGACUUUGUAACUACAAAUGUGAUUAUGUAGCUUUCCCUCAGGUUAAUUAACCAGGAUAUCCAAUCUUAUUUAGCUGAGGACUCUGCAUGUGUCAGAGGUGAACUGCAAAUUACCACAUAAAAAUUGAAUCACCUGUUCGUACAGUCAUUAAACACUGAAUUUUUGAAGUCUCCAAAACAAACAUAUACUUUACAUUGAAACAGAAAUUUCUGGAGAAACUCAGCAGGUCUGGCAGCAUUCUAAUGAAGAGGCAGUGGACUUGAAACAUCAACUCUGCUUUCUCUCCAAAGAUGCUGCCGGACCUGCUGAGUUUCUCCAGCAAUUUCUGUUUUAGUUUCAGAUCUCCAACAUCCACAGUUCAUUGUUUUAUUUUGCUAUACAUUUAAAAAGUCCAAAGGCACAAUCAUAUACAAAACAAAUUAAAGCACCACCUAUUCAUUUUCCUUCUCUGCCAUUGUUCUCUCAAACUCCUCUCUUCACUUACCUGCCUAUCUCAUAUUUUAUUCAUCGCCACCUCUUGUUUCUCCCUCUUCCCUCAAACCUGUAUUUCCUUUCCUUCCCCUAAAAGUGGUCCAAUGGUGAUUGGGGUGGUCUAGAAGGAACUACAAUAAGUCAAGUAGACAUCAUGCAUUGAGCAUAGCACCAAUGAUCUUGGAGAACCAAGGCCACAAUCAAAGAUAAUAAUUAGUGUAUGAAUAAACUUCAGGCAGUCCAGCAAACUGUUAGAAAAAGCAAGUGUGGUACAGGAAGUGUGCAUGUACAAAGUACCUUUUAAUAUUUUGUUAGUCACUGUCAUGGUGUUGUGCAGUCCACAAAUGGACCAGGGUAAAAGAGUUUAUCAAGUUUUAUGAAUAUGACCUUAGUUUAAAGUCAUCCAUUUUGCCCUACCUAUAUUGUCAUUAUUCACAGUUAAACAGCAAAAUUGGAAAUUUUGGAAAUAAAUGUUUAAUUGAGUGGAGCUUACCUAUAUUUAUCAGCAUUGCAAACUGCAGUUGGGGACACAAAACCAAGGCUCUCCAUCACUAUUCCAGGACAGAGAAGGGUGUAAUUACAGUACGCCAAGUUUAUAUCAGCAGUUUUCAUUAUAUACCUGGACAGAGAAAUUUAUAAUGGAAAAUCUUUGGAUGAAAUUUUGAGGUAGGGUAUAUAGAAAGGAAGUGUAUACAGAUUUUUAAUUUAAACAUCUAUAUUAAAGUAUGGCUAUAAAAGGGGAAGCAAUGUUGCUGAGAUUAAAGCACUUUAGCAUAUUGUGAAUAUCAAUUGAAUAUUUCUUCUCUACAUUUAUUUAUGGAUUAGCUGAGAUUCAAACAUAAAUUCUAAUGUGAUUUAGCAGCUAUUUUUCUUUCCAUGAUUUUGAGGAACAGUUUCUCAAAAGCAGAUAUUUGCCAAGUAUGACAUGAGGUAAUUAUAGCCAAUCUGCAUAUGUGUUGGUGUGCAAUUGUUGAAUGCAGUGUGUUUGUAAAUAUUGGACUUGGACUGUGGACCACAUUAUUAUACCAUUAAUACUAUCCAUUAAUGUUUUUCAUCUGUUACUCUGAUUUCAGCAAAGUGCAUGUGGAAUUUUCAAACUGUAUGUAGAACCAGUCAUAUAAAAAUGUAUUUGCCUGUCUGACUGUGGAUUGUGUCUAGAGAGAGCAUCUUGAUCAGUACAACAAGAGUGAAGUACUAUGACUGCAGCUGGUGGUGUUGGUAUUGAUGCAAUUCAUUUGAUGAUUUGAGUAUCACAUUUUGACAUCAUGUGAUGUGUUUACUUGUAGAUUGUUGUUAUCAACACUUUAAAUAAUCCUUGGGAGUCUAAUGGUCCUUUCUUGCCCUGAUUUUUAUGUUCUUAUGCAUUUGUAUUGAGAAAACCACCUUGUUUUCUAUUAAAUCAUUUAAUUGUGUAAAUAUUGAGUCAUUUUGGAAAUAAUAAAUCUAAUAUGAACA